AAGAAACUACUUUCCACUUCCUCGCCAGAAGGCAUCCAGGUCGCCUCGAAAAUUACCCCCACAAGAUUGGCCAACUUGCUUAUCCGCAAAGGUCCACUUCCCAUUCGUCACAUCACAGGCCACUUGGCUGUAGAAGUUCCUUCUUUUGACCAGCUUUCACUUUCCAAACAAAGACGGCUAAUUAUGGCUGCUAUGGAGCAGACAGACCCUUCCAACAACGUGGUGUUUGAAAAAAUUGGCUGGGGCCAAUGGGCUGUGCGUAAAGUAGAUUCUGACUUCAUUGUUACAGAAGGAACUGAAUCGACUGGAGGCGAACAGCCUCUACUCAAUGUCAACGACUUGAGAAACCAAACCAACUUAAAACUCGGCUGGUCCAAGAAACAGAAUGUGCUACAAAACUCUCAAAACCACCUGGCCAAAAAGGGUAGAAGAGAGUCGAUAACCAACAAUGUCAAGAAUUUGCACAAUUUGAAGUUGCCCAACGAGCCAGCUGCUUCUACUGCUAUUGCAAGUGAUUCUGAAGAUGAUGAAUACGACCAUUUGUCAGACAAUAUGGAACAAGAUAACGAGGAUACACCUGAAUCAAGCUCAGAAUCUGAAGAAGAAGACGAUAAUGUCAUGUUUUCUUUCGACCAGGACCAGGAUGAGUCCGCUAACAACACCAAUAGAUUUAAGAGGUCCCCUCCUAUCAAGUUCGCCAAAAGAGUGCCUAUAAAAGUUAGUCCACCACCACUGGAUGCUGUACUUUCAACUUCAGCUUCUAGAAAUAGAAGAAAGAGCUCUUCUUCUAACCCGGCCUCUUCGUUUAUAAGCAAGCCAUCAACAUACCGUCACCAGUUGUUCAACAGAUCCAGACUCAAUUCACUUGACAAUCUUGACAACUACCUCAUUUCUUCUGCCAAAAAUUCGCAGGUUUCCAUAAACUCUCCCCCUCCAAUCUCUUCUUUUCAAUCUCCUCCAAACAUGGGAACGUCUCCCAUUAACUCUUGGAAUUCCAACUACAUUCAUGCCACCAGUAAUGACGAAUUUAUUAUAAACAAUGCUAACAACGUCAACGCCCAGAACGGCCAUCGCAAAUCUUCUUUCAACGAGUCUCACAUCAGAUCUACCUUAUCUUCCUCUCUCCCCAUGGGAGCUUCUUUGUAUCCACAUAACGCACAACAUAUCCAACAAACACAGCAAUCUAAUCACCACCAACCCCAACAUAAUACUGGGCCAUACGAUAAUCUGGCGUAUGCCAACUCCACUCCUUCUGUUCUUCACAGUAGCAAUGGCAAUGCCAGUGACACUGAUGAAGAAGACUGGGCUACUAUCGGUGCUGAAUCGUUGAGAAAACACCAUCUAGCAGUUUCAGGAACCAGACCCAGCAUUGAUGCCUCUUCUGCUGGUGAACUCAACGACGAAGAGAAAUCAGCUGCAUUUGCUUUGGUAGACUUGAUGUCUGUCUGA